GGCGGAGGCCGAGGCCAGGGCUGCGCCCAGGGCGCCGCGGAGGGCGCGCGGACUCCGAGCGAGUCCAGAGGACCGCGCUGUCCCCGGCCGUCACCUCAGGUUCCGCUCGGGCACCGGCGGAGGCGCGGCGACCCCAGUCCCGCCGUCUGCCCGCCCACGUUACCUCCCCGCAGCCUCGCUACUACCGCAGCGCGCCCGGCCGGGCUCGGCCGUGGCCCACUUCGGUGCCCGCCGCUAUGGCAGGGGCGCCCGGCACGGGGGAAAUCUAGUCCCGGGCUUUUAUGAGGCCUAGCUUGGUUGUGUCUCGUCCCCCGCGGCCGAGGCCCCUGCCCAUAGACUAGCCCCAUUCCGGGCCUCCGUGUCUCUCCUGUGAUCGCGCUGACACGGCCCGGAGGUUAGAAUGGAACAAACUGAAGGCCCGAUGAGAGAAAGGGACAGUUAAGGAUGCUGGAGCAGAACAAUGGAUUUCUCUUUCUCUUUCAUGCAAGGGAUCAUGGGAAACACAAUUCAGCAACCACCUCAACUCAUUGACUCCGCCAACAUCCGUCAGGAGGAUGCCUUUGAUAACAACAGUGACAUUGUUGAAGAUGGUGGCCAGACACCAUAUGAAGCUACCUUGCAGCAAGGCUUUCAGUACCCACCUACAACAGAUGACCUUCCUCCACUUACAAAUGGCUACCCACCAUCAAUCAGCAUGUAUGAAACUCAAUCCAAAUACCAGUCAUAUAAUCAGUAUCCCAACGGAUCAGCCAAUGGCUUUGGUGCAGUUAGAAACUUUAGCCCCACUGAAUAUUACCAUUCAGAAAUUCCAAAUACAAGACCACAUGAAAUUCUAGAAAAACCUUCACCUCCUCAGCCACCUCCUCCUCCUUCGGUACCACAAACUGUGAUUCCAAAGAAGACUGGCUCACCUGAAAUUAAACUAAAAAUAACCAAAACUAUCCAGAAUGGCAGGGAAUUGUUUGAGUCUUCACUUUGUGGAGACCUUUUAAAUGAAGUACAGGCAACUGAACACAUAAAGUCAAAGCAUGAAAGUAGAAAAGAAAAAAGGAAAAAAAGCAACAAGCAUGACUCAUCUAGAUCUGAAGAGCGCAAAUCACACAAAAUCCCCAAAUUAGAAGCUGAAGAGCAAAAUAGACCAAAUGAGAGGGUGGACUCUGCACCAGAAAGACCAAGAGAAGAGGCAGUGCUCAAAGAUGCUAUCCCGAUUCAGCCAAUACUGUCUUCUGCCCCAACCACAGAAGUGACCACUGGUGUUAAGUUUCAGGUUGGCGAUCUUGUUUGGUCCAAGGUGGGAACCUAUCCUUGGUGGCCUUGUAUGGUUUCAAGUGAUCCCCAGCUCGAGGUUCAUACCAAAAUUAAUACAAGAGGUGCCCGGGAAUAUCAUGUCCAGUUUUUUAGCAACCAGCCAGAGAGGGCAUGGGUUCAUGAAAAGCGGGUGAGGGAGUAUAAAGGUCAUAAACAGUAUGAAGAACUACUGGCUGAAGCAACCAAACAAGCCAGCAAUCACUCUGAAAAACAAAAGAUUCGGAAACCCCGACCUCAGAGAGAACGAGCCCAAUGGGAUAUUGGCAUUGCUCAUGCAGAAAAAGCAUUGAAAAUGACUCGAGAAGAAAGAAUAGAACAGUAUACUUUUAUCUAUAUUGAUAAACAGCCUGAAGAGGCUUUAUCCCAAACAAAAAAGAAUGCUGCCUCUAAGACCGAAGUUAAAAAACCCCGAAGACCAAGAUCUGUGUUGAAUACUCAACCAGAACAGACCAAUGCAGGGGAGGUGGCCUCUUCACAGUCAAGUACUGACCUUCGGAGACACAGUCAGAGGCGGCACACAAGUGUGGGAGAGGAAGAACCGCCCCCUGUUAAAAUAGCCUGGAAAACAGCAGCCGCAAGGAAAUCCUUACCAGCUUCCAUUACAAUGCACAAAGGGAGCCUGGAUUUGCAGAAGUGUAACAUGUCCCCAGUUGUAAAAAUUGAACAAGUAUUUGCGCUUCAGAAUGCAACAGGAGAUGGGAAGUUUAUUGAUCAGUUUGUUUAUUCAACAAAGGGAAUUGGUAACAAAACGGAAAUAAGUGUCAGGGGGCAAGACAGGCUUAUAAUUUCUUCACCAAACCAGAGAAAUGAAAAGCCAACACAAAGUAUAUCAUCUCCUGAAACAACAUCUGGUCCUACAGGCCCAGUAGAAAAGAAGCAGCAGAGAAGAUCGAUUAGGACUCGUUCUGAAUCAGAGAAGUCCUCGGAAGCUGUGCCAAAGAAGAAGAUCAAAAAGGAGCAGGUUGAAGCAGUUCCUCAGGCUACAGUGAAGACUGGAUUACAGAAAGGUGCCAGCGAGAUUUCAGAUUCCUGUAAGCCUCUAAAGAAAAGGAGUCGCGCCUCAACCGAUGUAGAAAUGACUAGUUCAGCCUACAGAGACACCUCUGACUCCGAUUCUAGAGGACUGAGUGAUCUGCAGGUAGGCUUUGGAAGACAAGUAGAUAGCCCAUCAGCUGCUGCAGAUGCAGAUGUUUCUGAUGUGCAGUCCGUGGAUUCAAGUUUGUCCAGAAGAGGCAUUGGAAUAAGUAGGAAAGACACUGUAUGUCAGAUCUGUGAAAGCUCUGGUGACUCUUUGGUUCCUUGCGAGGGAGAGUGCUGCAGACACUUUCACCUGGAGUGCCUGGGAUGGACAUCAGUCCCCGAUGAGAAGUUCAUAUGCACAGAAUGUAAAACCGGGCAGCAUCCAUGUUUUUCAUGUAAGGUGCCUGGUGAAGAUGUAAAACGUUGUUCUGUUGGUGCUUGUGGAAAGUUUUAUCAUGAAGCCUGUGUCCGAAAAUUCUCCUCUGCCAUCUUUGAAUCAAAGGGAUUCCGCUGUCCCCAGCACUGCUGCUCUGCCUGCUCUAUGGAGAAAGAUAUCCACAAAGCAAGUAAAGGACGCAUGAUGAAAUGUUUGAGAUGUCCAGUUGCCUAUCACUCUGCAGAUGCUUGUAUUGCUGCAGGAAGCGUAUUUGUAUCCUCCUACGUUCUCAUUUGUAGUGAUCAUUCCAAGCGGAGCAACAAUUCUGCUGCUGCUGUAAAUGUAGGCUUUUGUUUCGUUUGUGCCAGAGGGCUGAUAGUUCAGGACCAUUCAGACCCCAUGUUCAGUUCCUAUGCCUAUAAGUCCCACUACCUACUGAAUGAAUCAAAUCGUGCUGAGUUGAUGAAAUUACCUAUGAUUCCUUCUUCGUCAGCUUCCAAAAAGAAAUGUGAGAAAGGUGGAAGACUGCUCUGCUGUGAAUCCUGCCCAGCUUCCUUUCAUCCGGAAUGUUUGAACAUAGAUACGCCAGAAGGCUGCUGGAAUUGUAAUGACUGUAAAGCUGGCAAGAAACUGCAUUACAAACAGAUUGUUUGGGUCAAACUGGGAAAUUACAGAUGGUGGCCAGCAGAGAUCUGCAAUCCCAGGUCUGUACCGCUGAACAUCCAAGGCCUUAAACAUGACUUAGGAGACUUCCCCGUGUUCUUCUUUGGUUCUCAUGACUACUAUUGGGUGCACCAAGGCAGAGUGUUCCCAUAUGUUGAAGGAGACAAAAGCUUUGCUGAGGGGCAGACUAGUAUUAACAAGACCUUCAAGAAAGCACUGGAAGAAGCUGCAAAACGUUUCCAGGAAUUGAAAGCACAAAGAGAAAGUAAAGAAGCACUAGAGGUUGAAAAAAACUCAAGAAAACCUCCUCCUUACAAACACAUCAAAGCUAACAAAGUCAUAGGGAAGGUACAGAUCCACGUUGCUGACCUGUCAGAGAUCCCCCGCUGUAACUGCAAGCCUGCUGAUGAGAACCCCUGUGGCUUGGAAUCGCAGUGUCUGAACAGAAUGUUGCAAUACGAGUGUCACCCACAGGUGUGCCCAGCUGGAGACCGUUGUCAGAACCAGUGCUUUACAAAGAGGCUGUACCCAGAUGCGGAGAUCAUCAAAACAGAGCGGAGAGGCUGGGGCCUCAGGACCAAAAGGAGCAUCAAGAAGGGCGAAUUUGUAAAUGAAUAUGUUGGUGAAUUAAUUGAUGAAGAAGAAUGCAGACUUCGAAUCAAGCGAGCUCACGAGAACAGUGUAACUAAUUUUUAUAUGUUAACUGUUACCAAGGACCGUAUAAUUGACGCUGGCCCAAAAGGAAAUUAUUCUCGUUUUAUGAACCACAGUUGUAAUCCAAAUUGUGAAACACAGAAAUGGACAGUGAAUGGAGAUGUUCGAGUUGGACUCUUUGCUCUUUGUGAUAUCCCUGCAGGCAUGGAGUUGACAUUCAAUUACAACUUGGACUGUCUGGGCAAUGGAAGGACAGAGUGCCACUGUGGCGCAGACAACUGCAGUGGCUUCCUAGGAGUGCGGCCAAAGGCGGCAUGUGCAUCCACAGCUGAAGAGAAAGCAAAAAAUGCCAAGUUAAAGCAGAAAAGACGAAAAGUGAAAACAGAACCAAAGCAGAUGCAUGAAGAUUAUUGUUUUCAAUGUGGAGAUGGUGGAGAGCUAGUCAUGUGUGACAAGAAAGACUGUCCCAAAGCAUACCACCUCCUAUGCCUUAACUUGACUCAGCCACCGUAUGGCAAGUGGGAGUGUCCGUGGCAUCAGUGCGACGCCUGCAGCAGUGCAGCCAUCUCCUUCUGCGAGUUCUGUCCACACUCAUUUUGCAAGGAUCACGCGAAGGGGGCUCUGGUUGCCUCUGCACUGGAGGGCCGUCUCUGCUGCUCUGAGCAUGACCCUAUGUCACCUGUGUCACCAGAGUACUGGAGCAAGAUCAAAUGUAAAUGGGAAUCCCAGGAUCACGGAGAAGAGGCAAAGGAAUAAAUGAAUGACGACCCCCCUUUCUGUUUAAAUGAGAUGAAGAAAGCAAGCGGAUACUGCAUUUUAAAAGCAAGAGACUGCUACGUGCACACAGCCUCUGCCCAUCAGGACUGCCUUAUGAAAGCAAAGAUGGGAGACCGGUUCACAUGGGCAGAAGCA